AUGGCCAUGAGUGAACUGGGCACACAGAAGGCUGGCGAAGGCACGGUGUCCCGCCUGCUCAACGUGGUGGAAAGUGAGCUUCAGGCAGGGAGGGAGAAGGGAGAUCCUACGGAGAAGCAACUCCAGAUCAUCCUGGAGGAUGCCCCACUCUGGCAGAGAUUCAAGGAAGUUACGAAUGAAAUGAUCGUGACCAAGAAUGGCAGACGGAUGUUCCCUGUCCUGAAGAUCAGUGUUACAGGACUGGACCCCAAUGCCAUGUACUCUCUCCUGCUGGACUUUGUCCCGACGGACAGUCACCGCUGGAAGUAUGUCAAUGGGGAAUGGGUGCCCGCAGGCAAGCCGGAGGUCUCUAGCCACAGCUGUGUCUACAUUCACCCGGACUCCCCCAACUUCGGGGCGCACUGGAUGAAAGCUCCCAUCUCCUUCAGCAAAGUGAAGCUGACCAACAAGCUCAACGGAGGUGGGCAGAUAAUGCUGAAUUCUCUGCAUAAAUAUGAGCCCCAGGUUCACAUAGUGCGUGUUGGAGGCGCCCAUCGAAUGGUCAUGAACUGCUCCUUCCCUGAAACCCAGUUCAUUGCUGUGACUGCCUAUCAGAACGAGGAGAUAACAGCUCUCAAAAUCAAGUACAACCCGUUUGCCAAGGCCUUCUUGGAUGCCAAGGAGAGAAACCACCUGAAGGACAUUCCAGAGGCUGUCUCUGAGAGCCAGCAUGUGACCUAUUCACCCUUGGGAGGCUGGAUCUUUUCUAAUCCGGAUGGCAUGUGCACAGCAGGAAACACCAAUUACCAGUAUGCUACGCCUUUGCCUCUGCCUGCUGCCCACACCCACCACGGCUGUGAGCACUACCCUGGCCUCCGAGGACAUCGGCAGGCUCCCUACCCUCCUGCGUACGUGCAUAGAAACCAUUCUCCCUCAGUGAACUUGAUAGAAAGCUCAAGCAAUAAUCUGCAAGUUUUCUCGGGACCUGACAGCUGGACCUUAUCCUCUACACCCCAUGCCAGCAUCCUGUCUGUACCCCACACCAGUGGGCCAAUCAAUCCAGGGCCCAGUCCCUAUCCAUGCCUGUGGACCAUCAGCAAUGGAGGUGGGGGCCCUGCCGCAGCAAGCACAGAGGUGCAUGCCGGUGGGCCAGGAACUUUCCUCCUUGGGAACCCUGCCGUCACCUCCCCUUCCUCCGUGCUACCCACCCAAGCAACCACCUCCGCCGGUGUGGCCCUCGGCGAACCUUCCCUCACCAGCAUUGCUGUAUCCACCUGGACAGCGGUGGCCUCCCAUCCCUUCCCAGGCUGGGGUGGCCCAGGGGGAGGUGGGCGCCAUUCCCCCUCUUCGUUGGAUAGUUAGGCAGGCUCCUAGGAGUCUCUAUCAGCAGAGAACCGUCUAUG